AUGACGCCUGAUUUAUGGGCGCAAGCUAUAACUACUCUCAAGCCAGAUAUAAUGGUUGCAAUGGCGGAUACUGUAACAGAUUUAGAGGCAAAGACAAAAAGGAUUAGGCGAUCUGUUGAUAGAUCACUGCGGUGGUUGGAUGACAAUUUGGAGAAAUCAAAGGAUACAGGCAUUCCUAUAUUUGCUCACGUUAUGGGUCAUACAGACAUCGAAGAACGCGGUAGGUCAGCCAAAGAAACAGCCGAGCGCGAUGUUCAAGGAUUUGUUGUCAACGUUCUUGGAUUGAAAGAGGAUCAAUUGAGUCAGCUCGUAAAAGCAUCGACAGAAAACUUACCUACAGAUAAACCACGCGUUGCGUAUGGAUUAUCAACACCAGAGGGCAUUUUAGAGGGCGUGAAGAACGGCGUUGAUUUAUUUGACGGAAGUUAUGCCUACAAAGUAACAGAAAAAGGCAGAGCCAUUACAUUCAGAUUUGGUGAAGAUUUAAAUAAAGAUACCAGCACUGAUCAUCCGAAAACGUUGAAUUUGUGGGACAAGCAGUUAUCACAUGCAUUUGAACCUAUUGAUAAAGAUUGCGGAUGUUAUGCAUGCACACGACCUCAUACAAAGGCUUAUAUACAUCAUUUACUCAACGCACAUGAAAUGCUGGCUCCCAUCUUACUGAUGUCGCAUAAUAUCUACCAACUGGACAGAUUCAUGGCCUCUAUUCGAAAAAGCAUUGACAAUAACAAAUUUGAUGAAGAUAAAGAAUCGUUUAUGAAUUAUUACAGUCAUUCUAUAGAGAUUGAUGGCCGUAGAGGCCACGAAGAUGAAGUUGAUACUGAAUCCUUAGGUGUUCAUCUCAAAAAGAAAAGAGCCAUGUUACAUGUAAAUAUUGAACAAUAG